UUUCACGUGCCCUGUGUUUUCGUGUCUAACCUCCAACAAUAUAACAAACGUAAAAAUUCCUCUAAUGUCUCUGUAUAUUUUUAUUUUCUCAUUUCCUUUAAUUCGCGGACGUUGUGGCAUUGAUAUAAUUGGCCCAUUAAAUGUGUGGUUUUCGUAAUUAGGGAAACGUGUUACGCGCCACGGACAGUAGCGGUACAGUCGUUUGAAAUUUCCAUUUAUAUGACACGAAGCCGCAUACACGUUCACGCACAAAUACGUAAAUGUCAGUCAUACGGUUGAGCAGAUCGGUGUAGGUAUGUGACCGGGUGCAAUUAAGCUAUUUGAAUUAGAAAAACGAAAACCUAUCGUGUUAGCGAUCGGUAUUUCAAAGAACUGCGGCUACUUGUUCGUACGAUGGAGGGCCAGCAGGUAAGGGCGCUGUACGAUUUCACUGGGGAAUCAGGAACAGCAGAAUUGUCCAUUGUAGCAGGAGAGAUAUUAACUGUCAUGAGGGACAAUGUAGGUGAUGGAUGGUGCGAGGGUUUCAAUCAGAGAGGAAAAUGUGGAUUGUUUCCAGCAGCUUACGUUCAAGUAGUAGAGACUGCUGCAUCCGCGUCAAGUGCCAUGACAUCGUCCCAACAAAGUUCAGGAGAUUAUUGGGACGAUGAUUGGGAUGAUGAUUCUGAAGUUGGUCAAACACAGGCCUAUGUUCCUCCUCAACAACAACAGACACAACAUACAAUACAGUUAACGCAAGAACAUAGUACCAAUGAUUACGGAGAUGCAUUUUCUAUGCAAGCCAUGAAUUUUGUGAUACCUGAAAGGCCUAUGCCUAACGUACCAAAGAAAAACAAUAAAUUUUCUACAUUAAUAAAGUCAGGUGCAGAUAGCUUUUUAUUAGGAAUGCGAGUAAUGAAUGUUCCUGAUACUGAAAAAAUAUAUAUCGAGGAACUUGAAGGAGGUCAAUGUAAAUGGUCUCAGAGGGGGGAAUCCUAUAGUUGUGUAGUCACAUCUCCCAAAAAGGAAUCCAAGUUAAAGGGCCUUAAAAGUUUUAUAGUUUAUCAACUCACGCCUACGUUUAACAACAUUCAAGUGUCCAGAAGAUAUAAACACUUUGAUUGGCUACACGAACGUUUGGAAGAAAAAUAUUAUUUUAUCCCUAUUCCACCAUUGCCUGAUAAACAAAUAUCGGGAAGAUACGAAGGACAAUUUAUAGAACACCGUCGUUCGCAGCUACAAGAGUUUGUUGAUUAUGUCUGCAGACACCCUGUACUAGCACGUAGCCGUGUUUGGGAACACUUCAUAACUUGUACAGAUGAGAAAAGGUGGAAAGCUGGCAAGAGGCAAGCGGAGAAAGAUGAAUUAUUAGGUGUAAAUUACUUUAAUGCUAUUCAAUGCCCCGAAACCCCUAUGGAUGCAAUAAAAGUGGAAAUACAAAUGGAUACUUAUAGUAGAUUUAUAAGUUGUUUAGAUCCUGUAGUUAAAAAUUUCAUGGCUAUGGUCGUUGACCAGGCGAAGAAGCAUCAAGGUCUCUAUAAAAGAGAAUUUCAGAAGAUCGGUCAGUCUUUUACCGCUUUGAGUCUUGCGUUAGAAGGUGACGAUAGUAGUCGAGGAAGACUGACCUGUGCAUUAAAAGCAACAGGUGAAGCAUAUAACGAUAUAGGAAAGUUAUAUGCGGAACAGCCAAAGUUCGACUGGGAACCUCUUGCCGAUAAAUUUCAUAUUUAUAGGGGAAUCAUCAGUAGUUUCCCAGAUGUAAUCAGUAUACACAAGAGUGCUGUGCAAAAAAGGAAAGAUUGUGAAAAACUUGUAAGUGAACAUAAAAUGGAAUCGCAAAAGUUACGAGAACUUUCGCUUCGAACAGAUGUGAUAGCGAGAGCGCUUCUCGCCGAAGAAACGCAUUUUCAAACAGAAAAAGAAGUACACAUAACUCAGGCAAUGAAAACGCAUUUAACGGAGCAAAUAACGUUUUAUCAAAAGAUUGUAGAUACAUUACGGGAAGCGUUGAAUGCAUAUGAAGGCUGAACUCUAUACCUAUUACAAUGUAAAAAGUAUUUGCCCGUGAAUAUUAUUUCGUUUAAUAUUUAUAACAGUAAAAUAUGGAAUUUAAGGAGUGUGAAUUGUAUAAAGUAAGAAUGCAAUGAAUCGUGUUCGCGAUUCAACCACUUGUAGAGAUAUUUUGGAGUACAUUAUAUUUAAUUAUUGAUAAGAGCUAUUCGCAGGAGAAUUAUAUAAGUUGAAUGAGAAAGAGCUAAUAGCUUUUUUUUAAUGUACCAAAAAGGCACUCCGUAUAUAUAUAUAUAUAAAUAAUCACACUGUAUGUAUGUGUGUGGGUGUGUGUGUGUGUAUGCGUAUGUGUAUGCGUGUGUACGAGCGUGAAUGUUUUUUAAGUAUAAUGCUUCUCACGUUCAUUUCAGUUAUAAAAUGAAUAAACAAUAAAAUUCUAUUAAAUUUGACUAAAAAAAGGUGAAAUGCAGUUUUCAAACGACAGCUACUAUUAACGAUGCAUAGUAAUAUAUUACAUGUUAAUAUUAAUGUUAACUUUUGUGGCUGCUAUUUUUAGAAAUUUAAACAUUUACUGUAUAAAUAUCUAUCAUUGUGUAUGUUAAAUUUAAUCGCGACGUCUUUACUACAGUACAAUUAUAUUCACACAUAUCUAUUAUAUACUUUGUUACAUGAUACUAACGUAUGCUUGAAACGUAUGUUUAAUUUUAUAUAUAUAUAUAUAUUAUAUCAGUAAAUUAUUGUACAUUAACUGAAAACUAAAUCAUAAUUAAUUGCAGCUCACGGUAAAAAUUUACAUUAUAUUCCAUAAGAAAUGUACGUUAAUUUUAUUAAUUCUUCAUUUGUUACAAUUGAAAAUACAUUGGUACAAUACUUUAUUAAGCAUCAUGAUGCAACUACAAUUUGUAUAGAAUAUAAUGUAAACUGUGUAUGUUUAACAAAGUAUUAUAAGCUUCUGAUUAAUUACUGGAUUUAUGUUUACAAAAAAAAUGAACUGAAAUUUGUUCAACUGCAGACUACUAGUGAAAAAUUAUAUAUUAAGAUAUAAUGCUUUGAAAACAAUUUGUAUAAAAAGAUAGCUUACUUAAAAGUGAAAACAAAUAAUUUUAUAACUGAUAUUAUUAUUAUUAUUAUUAUUAUUAUUAACAGUAGCAGUAAUAGUAGUACUAGGAGUACUAGUAGCAGUAGUAAUAGUAUUGUUAUUAUUUUAUAGAGGAAGUUUUCUCUAUGCCUAAUGAGCCUCUCCGGACUUCGACAGACGCAAGCGGCGCGCAAAUGAUUACGCUGUUUGUAAUUGCUUCCCAUAUUCGUGGAGUGGGCCUCUAUGACAUUGCGAAAUUCAAAUCGUAUGCUCUGAACAAACGGAGCGACCUCGGAAUAACUGCCUGGUAGUCACACGCUCCGCGCAGACAGAGAUGAUUUUGAAAUUUGAGAGCAACAAUAGCUUCACGACCCUGAGCACUCCAAUAAUGAGAGACCUGAUAGUCCCGAACAAGAAGUUCCAAUAAAUUUGGCACUUCUUAUUUUCGACAAUUUCCUUUACUCAGAUGGAGCAUCGCAUACUUGUCCAACCCGAAAGCCAUUCCAAUGUCCCAGGUGUACCUCUUCUUCUUCUUCUUCUUCAUCUUAUUAUUAUUAUUAUUAUUAUUAUUAUUAUUAUUAUUAUUAUUAUUAUUGUUAUUAUUUUAAUCAUCGUUAUCAUUAUCACUAUCAUUUCCAUGAACCAUAUUUCCUUUUUUGUUCAAAAGGGAAUCCCAAUAAAUGUGAAGUAAAUUAAAUCUUAGCUAUUUGGUUUUUUUACAUUUUAAUCUACAAGCGUGCAAUACUUCCAUUACUUUUAAUAGUUUUACAACUUAAAUUAGUUUUUUACAGUUUGUAACAAGAGGUAACUGUGCUAUGAGUAUAACAAACCAAAAACUUGUAUUAGCUGCAUACAAUAUAUGUAUAUGUAUAUAUAUAUAUUUUUUUUUAUGUUCAUCAAUAUUUCAUGAAGUAGCACCACAAUCGAGAAAUUCAUAAAAAUUUGUUAAACUUGAAUGACUGAUAUCUAUUUCUUAUAAUUUUCAUAAUCACAAGCCAGCUUUGUGAACAUGUAUCUUUCAUGGACUUCAAAGUUUUAAACUAGUCAUUUUCACCAGUUCAUUUCAAGUGAAUAAGAAUACAUUGGCACUGUAAACUAGAUCAAUUGUAUUCCGAUUACUAACAGCCCUCAUAUCAUAAAUGUGAUCAUCUUGUGUUGUUAAUUUUCUAAAAGCAUUGCCCUCCUUUGUCAUGUACAAUUCAACAAUGAGACACAUCCGUCACUUACAUCUCCACAUGCAUAAAUUCAAGCAUAACAAUUACAAGACUUACGCAAACAGAGAAUUACAAUAGGAAGAAGUUUGUUCAUAUAUUAGAAUAAAUAUAUUGGAGCAUAGGCAAAUAUAUAGGCAACAAUUGAAAGUUUUGUUUAAUCAACAGUACAGACAUUCUCCCUGCCUUGCUUUCUCUCUAUCUUUCUUCCGUUCACGCUUUCUCUCUUUCACUCUCAUACACACUCUAUCAGUCUGGCAUUUUUAUAUUGUUUUUUUUUCUUCUUCGAAUAAGAUUCCCGCAAUAAGACAUUUUCAUUGCUAUUUAAAAUCAGCUUAUCUUUACAUCACAUUUGCAAUGUUCCUGCCGAUAUGUUUAUUUAUGUGGCGCGUGUUUUUCGAUUUUAUUUUUGAGGAAGAGGGACUUUUAGAAUAGAAGCUAAGCUCCUGUCAUUUUCUUUCUGAAUUUUAAAUAAUAAGCUCGUUACUAACUCACAAACAUCAGCAUUAGAAAUCUUUUCUUUUCUGUUUUUGUAAUAAACUCUUAUUAGAUAACACGAUGUUGGCAAUGUGAAAAAUACAAUAUUGUUUAUUAGAUAGGAACAGAAUGAACAGAGUGAAUAAUAUAAGAAAAAGUGAAACAAAGUAUUAAACAAUUAUUAAUCAAAUAAUGUAAAGUUAAAGAGCUUGUAUAACUUCAAGAGAAUCGAUAGAAUUUAAAUGGAAAGUAUUUUCUAUUCGUGUAUUUCUUUUUACUGUUCCAUCAUCGUGUCAUCCAAGGCACUUUAAGAAUAAUCUCGGUAACUCGAAUCGAAGUAAUUUUGAUACGAAAGCAUUUUGAUAAAAGAAUGGACAUACAUCACUGCUUUUAUCUUGUUUUCCUUCGCGUACGUGCUCUCGCAUUAAAUUUAUGUAACAUUUCUUUAAAGAAUAAUGUAAUUAGCUACCUUACAACUAGUAUAAUUAUUAUCGACCUCGAAACCAUUUGAUAGCAUUUAAUGAAUUUCAUCAACGUUCUUCACACUUUGUCGACUAUACGAAUAGUGCCCGGUAUACGGACGGAUCUCUAGCGCGAUUGUGUCCAAAGUUACUAUCAUAUUUAUAGUUUAAAAGUUAAAGAGAAGAGAUAGCAGUAGUUUAUAAUAAAAUGUGUGCCCGCUCGAUAAACAGCAAUAAUUCUCUUUACGUUAGUGUAUAGAAUAUGAUUUUUUUCCUUUUUCAAUUGAUUAUACAUUAUGUAAAUUUAUUUAAAAGCACGCCUUAAAGAACACGAAAAACAUCAAACUGUUUUUCAUUUAAAUACAAUUUUACACACAUAGUAGAUCAUGUUCUUUUUCGUUUGUCCGCAUAACAAAGCCAUUUAAAUUUAUGUAAAAAUACUCCAAAAUUCUAAUGUCCGUUACUCCGAAAAAUCAUUGUAUACACUUCAAUUAAAAGAACUGUUCCGUGUCAAUUAAAAUUCUUAAUAUUCAUUGUUAAUAUUAGUAUUGAUUUACUAUUGAAUGUAACCAUGACAACAUUAUUUAUCACAAGAUUAUGGUAUUAUUGCACUCGACUGCAAUUAUUUAUAAAAAAAUAAGGUAACCACUGUGUAAUAAAAGUAUUCCUCAAGCGUUUCGUUAAAGUACUUGUUACACUACGUACCGUGUACGUUGACAUUGUAAUAAGAUACAAAUAUAAACAGCUACAUUAUAUUUCAACUUUUGCAACUUAUGCGAUGACACCACUAUUAUAAUAAUUCUCGAUAUCCUAUAAAGAAGUAUUAAAUACAAAAAUAGUUAUAUUUUCACAAUAUAUUGAUGGUGUUUAAUCACACGUUUACAUAAAAAAAUGUAACAUAUAUAUAAGUAAUGUGUAUAUUCCAUUUGCAAACAUAUAAUCAGCAAUGAAUGUUUCAUUG